AUGCAUCAGAUUAAUUUACUUAAUAACAUUAAAAUAAAAGAAAAUCGAAAUAGUAAUAAUGAAGAAUAUGAAAAUAGAAAAUCAAUUUAUUCAAGAAAAACAAUUAUUUUUAUACUUAUUGCUGUUAUUGCUGGAUUAAGUUUAAUAGCAGCUAUAAUACUUAUUUCAAUUACAUUUGUACGUCUAACAUCAAGCUCUAUGAAUACGACAAUACUUUCCACAAUUACACGUACAACUGACAAUCCUAAUAUAACUUUUAGUAAUAAUAUAUUACUCUCAGCUACAAUGCCUAUUACCAUUACUACUAUUGCAAAGACAUUAGUAACAACAACAGCUAUAGCUAUGACUAAUUUAUCCGUUACCACGAAAUAA